CUGUUGCGGAUAAAGUUGUUUGACGCCUGGCGGGCGGGCAGCGGGUCACGUGAGCGGAAGAUGGCGGCCCCGGCAGGCGGCGGGGGCUCCGCGGUGUCGGUGCUGGCCCCGAACGGGCGGCGCCACACGGUGAAGGUGACGCCGAGCACCGUAUUGUUGCAGGUCCUGGAGGACACGUGCCGUCGGCAGGACUUCAACCCCAACGAGUACGACCUGAAGUUUCAGAGGAAUGUGCUUGACCUCUCUCUCCAGUGGCGAUUCGCCAACCUGCCCAAUAACGCCAAGCUGGAGAUGGUGCCCAUCUCCCGGAGCCGCGAGGGGCCCGAGAACAUGGUGCGCAUUGCUCUGCAGUUAGACGAUGGCUCUAGGUUGCAAGACACUUUCUGCUCAGGCCAGUCGCUCUGGGAGCUUCUCUGCCACUUUGCCCAGAUCAGGGAGUGUCUGGAGCGGCCGUGUGAGGCCAGCCCGGUCUGCGUGUAUAUGAGGGAUGAGGUGACCGGCAGAGCCGCCUUGCAGAGCACAACACUGCAGUCACUGGGCCUUACUGGGGGCAGUGCGAUCAUCAGGUUUUCCAUGAAGCGAUAUGACUCUGCCAGCAAACAGGAGCCUGGGGCCUCCUGGAGCAAAAGCCCAGGAAGCCCGACCCCCUCCAUGUCGGCUGACCAGGCAGCCAGCAGCCCUCUGCUCCCACUGAAUUCGACGGGGCUCAGCCAGGGCGAUGUGAGCCGUCAGGAUGAGGCAGUGAGCCCAGGCGCCAGCUGCGUGGAUGGCUUAGGCCCGAAACCAGUGGAUGCUCAGGCGAAGCAGAUCUCGAAGGAGCCCCCACCUGCCCCUUUUGUUCCUUUCUCUGGUGGGGGACAGCGACUGGGGGGCCCCUCCGGGUCUGCAAGGCCUCUGAUGUCAUCGUCAGCCAAACUGCCAAAGUCCUUCUCCAGCCCUGCAGGCCCCUCCAAGCCGAAGAAGUUGAGGCCUGGCCAAGAGCCCCAGCCAGAGCCAGAGCCGCCGGUGGACCGAGACCCCGUGGUGUGCCACCCGGACCUGGAGGUGCUGCUCCAGGCCUGGCCUGCGGAGCUGCCUGAUGAGUUCUUCGAGGUGACUGUGGACGACGUCAGAAGACGCUUGGCCCAACUCAAGAGUGAGCGGAAGCGCCUAGAAGAAGCGCCCUUGGUGACCAAGGCCUUCAGGGAGGCUCAGAUGAAGGAGAAGCUGCAGCGCUACCCUAAGGUGGUCUUGAGGGUCCUCUUUCCUGACCGCUACAUCCUGCAGGGCUUCUUCCGCCCCAGCGAAACUGUGGGGGAUUUGCGGGACUUUGUGAGGAGCCACCUGGGCAACCCGGAGCUGCCGUUCUACCUGUUCAUCGCUCCUCCAAAAACCAUCCUGGACGACCACACGCUGACCCUCUUUCAGGCGAACCUUUUCCCCGCUGCCCUUGUGCACUUUGGACCUGAGGAGCCAACAGGCAUCUACCUGGAGCCCAGGCUGCUGGAACACACCGUCUCCCCGUCUGCAGCUGACGUGCUCGUGGCCAGGUGCAUGUCCAGGGCUGCGGGAACCCCACCCCCACCGCCAGCCCCUGACACUGCACCCCUUGAGUUGGAGCCAGCUGCUGAGGAAGGGACAGUGGGGCCCCCUGAGCCCAGCCGGGGGACAGCCCAGCCUGUGAGGAGGGAUCUGGGCAAAGUGCCCAAGUGGUUGAAGCUGCCAGCCGGGAAGAGGUGAGAGCCGCCAGAGGUGCCCACUCUGCCAGCCACAGGACCCCUUCCCACCCUGAGCGGGAAUAAAGACGCGAGCCUCUCUUGAGA